AUGUCAGGAUACCCAGGUUCUGGCUACCACGGAGGAUAUGGAGGACCACCGCCUCAGCAGUACCCGCCCCAGCCAAACUACUACCCACCUCAGCACAAUUAUGGACCUCCUCCUCCACAGCAAAACUAUGGCUAUCAACAGCCCCCGCCACCACAGCAACCAUACGGAUAUUCACAGCCUCCCCCACAACAGUACGGUGGAUACAAUGGCGUACCAAAUAACCAACCUCAAUAUGGCAGACCUGGUAUGCCAUCAGUAAACUCGAAUGCUUACGUCAAUGGAAACCACUCGGCUCCAGCUCCUCCCCCGCAAACUAUGCAAAGCUUUGGCAAUGGCGCACCACAAGGCUAUGCAUUCCAAUACUCAGCCUGCACGGGACGAAGGAAAGCCCUACUUAUUGGGAUAAAUUAUUUUGGACAGAGAGGACAAUUGCGAGGAUGCAUCAACGACGUGAAGAACAUGUCAGCAUUUUUGAACGAAAACUUCGGCUAUCAACGGGAUGAUAUGGUCAUUCUUACCGACGACCAGCAAAAUCCGAUGAGCCAACCUACGAAGCAAAACAUACUCCGGGCAAUGCAUUGGUUGGUAAAAGAUGCGCGGCCGAACGAUUCUUUAUUCUUUCACUACUCCGGUCAUGGCGGCCAAACCAAGGAUCUUGACGGCGAUGAAGAGGACGGCUAUGACGAAGUCAUCUACCCAGUGGAUUUCCGACAAGUUGGGCAUAUCGUAGAUGAUGAGAUGCACCGAAUUAUGGUAACUCCAUUACAUCCGGGUGUGCGAUUGACAGCUAUUUUCGACUCUUGCCAUUCCGGAACGGCACUCGACCUUCCAUAUAUUUACUCCACCCAGGGUGUGCUCAAGGAGCCCAACCUCGCCAAAGAAGCCGGACAAGGUCUUCUUGGUGUUAUUUCUUCAUACAGUCAAGGCAACAUGGGCGGUGUUGCCAGCAAUUUGAUGGGCUUCUUCAAGAAGGCCACCACAGGAGAUGAUGCAUACAAUAAGACCAUGGCCACCAAGACAUCACCAGCUGAUGUCAUCAUGUGGUCUGGAAGCAAAGAUGAUCAGACAUCGUCAGUACAUUCUUUUAUUUCUUGCCAUACGUAG